AUGGACGGUUACAGGACGACCGCAGGCCUACCUGGAAAGGGGAGCCCGGCACGCAACCGGAUCGGUCUCACCAACAUUCAGACGCGGACGGUGACCAUCUGCACCGUUGCCCCGGCUAUCCUCGCCUUUAGCGGCUAUUCGGAGCGCUGCGCUGCAAUACUCACCUUCUUCGCCACGUUCAUGUGCGGCAUCGAGUGGUGCGGCCUUAAGCGCCACCUCAAGGUGGCACUGCUCAUGUCAAUGGAGAAUACAGCGAUGCCCGCGCUUCAAUCGCCGAUGCCGCCUCUCACACUGCUGGCCGACCUGGUCGCUCGACCGCCGCCGCCAUCGCCUUGCAUUGAAGGGGUACCACUCUGCCCCGAAGAGUACGACCUGCCAGUGGCGCCAAUCUCCCUCUACAAUGUUCUGAAGCACCUUGGCUGGGCGCUGCUGCCGCUUGCUGCAUACACUGGCGAGGGGGCUUUUCUUGUCACGCUCGAGUUCUACUUCGUCGUCUUCGUCGUUGUGACGCUGACGGCGCAUAAUCGGCUGGAGCUCAAGGUGGAGCACGCGGUGAAGCGGCUGAGCCAGCAGUUAUCCUCCGGCUGGCAGGACAGCUCCUGCGGGGCGGUCGGCGCCGUUUGUAACGGCGGUGAUGCCCCCACCGCUGCGGCAGUAUCCAAGACUGAGCCGGACCUGUCUCUGACGGACCAGAGUGCGGCGAAGAAGGAGCGGGUGGCCAAGGCACAGCGCGAAUACUUUCUCUCGAUGGAGCUGCACAUGAUCGCAGAGCGACAGCCAACGGAGCAGUUCCUUGAUUUCUGCCUUGAUAUCUUUGGCAUUUUGUGGAUUGCUGGCAUAACCACCCCGCUCUUUGUGUACCACAUCACUGACGUCGGCAUUCCGUGGCUUUCCUCAACGCUGAUCGGCAACUUCUUGAACGACAUCGCCGCGCUCGUGGUGGGGCGUAGCCUCACCAUCGCCCGAGAGCGAUACGGGGAGAUCUACGAUGUGGCUGGCGAUGAGCCGCCAGCCGCGGGGGCGGCGAACCAGCCGAGGAAGCGGCCGCUAAAGGAGGCGAGUGGGCUUGUGAGGAUGCUGCUGCGCAGUCCGCACCAUCUUCACCGUGCCAUUAGCCCCAACAAGUCAGUGGAAGGUGCCGUGGCAGGUGUGGUUAUGAAUGCAGUGACCUUUGCCGGCCUCAUGUUCUGGUUUUACUGGGGGUUGUUUGCUGCGCCGGCGGCAAACAUUGUGGACCCGGCGUUCCAGAGCGUCGCUCUGUGGCUAUUCCUCGGCGCCAUCAUGGGGGUGCUCGGCGUAUGCGGAGAUCUACUGCAGUCCUUGCUGAAGCGUGCUGCACGCGUAAAGGAUGCGGGCUUCAUUAUCCCAGGGCAUGGUGGCAUUUUGGAUCGUGUGGACGGCAUGCUGCUCGUUUUCCCGUUCAUGCACUGUGCCUUGCGCAGCAUCAUGAGUCUGUCCAGCGACUCAGGAAAUCGUCGCUCGUUCUUCGCGGCGUAA